AUGAUAAUAAAUCAGCAAAUUAAAUUAUUAAAUAUUUUAAAAUUUUAUGGUCAAAAAAAAAGUUUAGAUAUUUUAAAUAAUGUCUCAAAUAAAAUAAAACCAUUUAUUAGUGAUAAACGUUUAAAGAGAUUUGAAGAUUCAAUUAAUAAUAGAAAUAAAAGAUUUAUUAUAGUUUGUGAGAAUUUAGAUAAUCCUGGUAAUUUCGCAGCGGUUGUUAGAUCAGCAGAUGCUAUUGGUAUUCAAAAUUUAUGUUUAAUUAAUGAAGGUGGUAAUUUAGAUUCAAAUUUUGAAAAAUAUGAUAGAGUUAGUUUAGGUUCAGGUAAAUGGGUAACAGUUAAUAAAUACUAUUCAACAACUAAAUGUAUAGAGAAAUUAAAAGAACAAGGUUAUUCAAUAUGGGCAUCAGAUUUAUCUGCAACUGCAUUCCAGUUUGAUCAACUUAUUUUUCAACCAAAUAAACUCACUCCUCAAUUAUCUUAUUUUUUAUCAGAAUCAAUUAAAAAUGUAAAUUCUUUAAAUAAUAAUAAUCAAGAAGAAGAAGAAUUAAUUAAAAAUUUAGCUAUAAAUGAAUUGUAUAAUAAUAAUAAUAAAAUUGUAAAUAAUAAUAAUAAUAAAAAUUUCAUAAGAAAUGAUGAAAAGAUUGCACUAGUAUUUGGUAAUGAAUCUAAUGGUAUUUCAGAAUUAAUGAGAUCAUUAUCAGAUAGAAGGUUUUAUUUACCAAUGGUUGGAUUUGUAGAAUCUUUUAAUAUUAGUGUUAGUGUUGCAAUGACUUUAUCUUUCUUAAAAAUGCAAGGAGUAAUAACUCCUGAUCUAUCACCAUUGGAUAAAAUAAAACUAUUAAAUAAAUUUGUUUUAUCCUCUAUACCAAAGAAUAAACUGGUUUUAGAAAAACUUGGUUUUGAUAGUGAUUUAAUUUUAAAGUUAAUAAAAUAA